CGUGUCCGCACCUCCGUGACUGCGGUAACGUUGUUGUGAAAUGACGUCACGGCGGUGAAAUGCAGGCGCAGUGGCGGCCAUGACUGCGGGCUCUGUGAUUAUUUAAUCCGGAUUAAAUACUGGCGGAAAACGUCCAUGGCAAGAGCCACGAGUCAGAUGUAUGAUGUCGUACCCCUCCACUCCUCUGGUCUCUGCCCGUGUCCAUCCAUGGUAAGAGGUCAGCAGGAAGCACCCCAUCGCCACGGCAACAGCAUGGAGGGCCAGGCCCCGCCCCCUCAGCUGACUCAGACACGCAAGAAGAGACCUGAGGAUUUCAAAUUCGGCAAGAUCCUGGGAGAGGGCUCCUUCUCUACGGUUGUCCUGGCGAAAGAACACUCAACGGGGAAGGAAUAUGCAAUUAAGAUCCUGGAGAAGCGCCACAUCAUGAAGGAGAACAAGGCGCAGUACGUGAAGAGAGAGAGGGACGUGAUGUCCAACCUGGAUCACCCAUUUUUCGUCAAAUUAUACUUUACCUUCCAGGAUGAGGAGAAGCUCUAUUUCGGUCUGAGCUACGCUAAGAACGGCGAGUUGUUAAAGUACAUCCGCAAGAUCGGUUCCUUCGACGAGACCUGCACACGGUUCUACUCGGCCGAGAUCGUCUGCGCGCUUGAGUACCUGCACCAGAAAGGCAUCAUUCACAGAGACCUGAAGCCAGAGAACAUUUUGCUCAGUGAAGACAUGCACAUUCAGAUCACAGACUUCGGCACAGCCAAACAGCUUUCCUCUGACAGCAGGCAGGCUCGAGCGAAUUCGUUUGUUGGUACGGCUCAGUACGUUUCCCCAGAGUUACUGACUGAGAAAUCUGCCUGUAAGAGUUCGGAUCUCUGGGCGUUGGGCUGUAUUAUUUACCAGCUGGUUGCCGGGCUACCACCAUUCAGAGCAGGGAACGAGUAUCUUAUAUUCCAGAAGAUUAUUAAAUUAGAGUACGAGUUUCCUGAGAAAUUCUUCCCCAAAGCCAAGAAUCUAGUGGAACAGCUUCUGUUUUUGGAUCCUUGCAAGCGGAUUGGCUGUGAGGAAAUGGGCGGAUACGAGCCGCUGAAAUCCCACCCUUUCUUUGAGACGAUCAGCUGGGACGACUUGCACCUGCAGACUCCGCCCAAGCUUACGCCCUACCUGCCCGCCAUGUCUGAGGAUGAUGAGGACUGCUACGGGAAUUACGAUGACCUCUUAAGCCAGUUCAGCAGCAUGCAGGUGGCACAGCCCGGCCCUUCGCCCUCGUUGUCCGAACCGUCAGAAAGACCACUUCCUGUCUGUAACCCCGCCCCCAGCGUGGAUCAGUUCAUACAUGUUCAUGAGCUGGACAGCAACAGCAUGGAGCUAGACCUGCAGUUCAGCGAAGAGGAGAAGCGCCUCCUGCUGGACAAGCAAAGUGCUGCAAACCCAUGGCACCAGUUUGUGGAGAAUAACCUUAUCCUGAAGAUGGGGCCAGUCGACAAGCGUAAGGGUCUGUUUGCCCGGCGCAGGCAGCUGCUCCUGACUGAAGGUCCUCACCUGUACUAUGUUGACCCGGUGAAUAAGGUGCUGAAGGGGGAGAUCCCCUGGUCACCGGAGCUGCGGCCAGAAGCCAAGAACUUCAAAACCUUCUUCGUUCACACGCCGAACCGGACGUACUACCUGAUGGACCCGAGUGGCAACGCUGACAAAUGGUGCAAGAAGAUCCAAGAAGUGUGGAGGAAGAUCUACCACAAACACCAGAACCCCAGCGUAUAGGAGCUUUUUCCCCUACGGCCACGCCCCCCACCCCUCAGCACCCCUUCGACCAAUCACAGAACAGGCACACCUCCACCGCUUUCUCGCUGUUGCUCUUCGUCUGUCUCUUUUCUCUCUCUGGAUCUUAUUGCAGGGGGUGUGUCCUGUCUGUCUGUCUGUCUGUCUGUCUGUCUGAUUGGUCUGCAUAUAGAGUUAAGGCGGGUCCUUUGCCCUGAUUGGCCACAGUAGCUGGUCUAGCCGAUCUGAUUGGAGGAUGUGGUGGUUUUGUGUUUUUUUUUUUGUUUGUUUUUUUUUUGUUUGUUGGUUUUUUUUUUUUCUCUCCCAAAAUCCACAGAAAAUACAAACCUGAACAAAACAACAAAAAAAGAGAGACAGGAAACCAUUGCAAUCAUCACCUCACUGCAGAACUAUGGGUAAUGUAGUUCUCCUGAGGGUAAUCCAUCACCUACCCCCUCCUCCCACAAGGCCCUGAGCCAAUAGUGCGACUGAUUUUCAGUUCUUAUUUUAUUAUUAUUAUUUUUUUUUUGCUUCAAAUCAUCUGCAAUGGGAGUGUGUGUGUGUGUGUGUGUGUGUGUGUGUGUGUGUGUGUGCACGCCUAAGUGGAGACGUGAGUGUCUGGAUAUGAUUGGAUGCCUGAGAGUGUGUAUGUGAGCACAUGUAGUUCCUUCUUUAACUUGGGCGUUUUUAACAGGAAGGAGAUGAACGUGUGUAUGACUAUGAGUGUGUAUAUAUGUGUGUGUGUGUGUGUGUGUGUGUGUGUGUGUGUCUCCUCUUCCUGGUUGGUAACUGAUGACUGUGAUGUAUAGUUGAUGUAAUAAUGAACUUUGAGGCGAGUGCGGUGAGGCGAGGCGAGGCGACUCUUGGAUCCGGGUUUUGUAUUUUUAUUCUUGUAUAAGGUUAUUUGGGCUCUUCUCCGUGCGGGGGCCCGACUACUCUGUGUUAUUUAAAUUCUAAUAUAUGAGAAUCAUAUUUGGAUUGAAGUCACGUUCGAGGGCCUUGCUGUGUAUGUUUUUUUUUUUGUUUGUUUGUUUUUUUUGUUUUUUAAAUGUAAAGCCUUUGAAUGUGAAGAAUUAUUGUAAACUAUGAUAUUUUACAGCUUUUGGUUUUUUUUUUUCCAUUCUUUUGUAGUUUUUUUUUUUGUUUGUUUUCUUCUUACUAUAUCAUAAACAUUUUCUAUUUGCUCAGUGAUCGACUCAUAUUCUGAUAAUUUAAAGCCUUUGCCAUUCACGUUCACAGACCCGUCCCAUGUGUGAGGGAGGGAGGGGUGUGUGUGUGUUUGCGCGUGUGUGUGAGCACGUGUGGGCGGAGCCUGCGUUUGUGUUUGGCGCUGUGUGUAUUUUUCCUCGUCCAGCUCUCGAGCUCGAUGCCACCUAGAACUGAAAUAAAGCAUGUAGGGGUUUAGGCCGACAGAAA